AAGUCUUUUUUCAACCAGUGUGCUGUGAAAAUUGUUAUUCAGAAAUGGGAAACCCUACUGUUUUCUUCGACAUGACCGUCGGCGGUGCAAAGGUCGGGAAGAUCGUGAUGGAGCUGUACGCUGACACCACUCCGAGAACCGCCGAGAACUUCCGUGCUCUUUGCACCGGCGAGAAGGGAGUAGGUAGUUCCGGCAAGCCGUUGCAUUUCAAGGGAUCAUCCUUCCAUCGUGUGAUCCCGAAUUUCAUGUGCCAGGGAGGAGAUUUCACCAGAGGAAAUGGAACCGGUGGUGAAUCGAUCUACGGCAGCAAGUUUAAAGAUGAGAAUUUCAUUAAGAAGCACACCGGUCCUGGAAUCCUGUCCAUGGCUAACGCCGGUCCAAACACCAACGGCUCGCAGUUUUUCAUUUGCACUGCCAAGACCGAGUGGCUCGACGGCAAGCACGUCGUGUUCGGGAAGGUUAUUGAAGGUAUGGACGUCGUUAAGACGAUCGAGAAGGUCGGAUCUGGCAGCGGAACCACCUCGAAGCCUGUAGUUAUUUGCGAUUGCGGUCAACUGUCUUAGAUCUAUAUCCUGAUCUUCGAAUUUUAGCUUACAGUUCUCCUUUAAUCGUGUUGCUCGCCGGUCUACUAGAGCUUUUUUACUGAUUGUGUGUGGUUUCAACUGUAUUUAGUUGAUUUCAUCAGAGACUUUUGUUGAUGAAAUUAACUACCAAGCUAUCCGUAUGAAAUAAGAUUAGAUUUAGUGGUCUCAACUUCAAAUAACCUCGUAAUUUCUUCAUUCUUCUCUGAGUUCUGCUCUUAUUUAGAUUGUCGAUCGAAAUAGACUCCAUUUUCCUUGUUUUAGA